UCCAAGCGAGUGGAAAAGGCCAAAAACAUCUUGCGAAGGCGAGCGAGUAUUCCUAUUCCGACGACACGGUUCUCUAAGAUGUUUGUUCAAAUGCCCACGACACAGUGCUCCUAGUGAUGGCAACGAAGCUCCCACCCAUCUUCCUAUUCCGACGAAUUACCCUUUGUGUUUCUCGAAAUCACAAGUUUUACUCGUCCUAUUCCUCAGAUUCAGCUCCCAUUCGAACCGAAACUAAUCUUAUCCCUCCCAAGUCAAAAGAGGUCGAGUCCGCCAUUCUUUUUCUCAAGAAAAAGCUCCACCCUGAUGAUCUCGUGAGAGUUCUGGAUUCCGUUUCGGAUGUGCCAUCAGCUACAGCCAUUUUCCGAUGGGCUUCGCGCCAGAGAAACUUUCAGCAUACCGCGCAAACUUAUGCACACAUGAUCUGGAGGCUUGGUACGUCCGGGAACAGCGAACAAAUGGAGGUUCUUUUGAAGGAGAUGGUAAAGUUUGGCUUCUUGACCGUGAAUUCAUCUUUUAAAUUUUUGGUUGAGUCCUUUUGUACAAAUCAGAGGACUAGCGAAGCGCUGAAAGUGUUUGAAAUUGCUAGGUUAGCUAAUCUAAGGUUACCGGUUUCGACUUGCAAUCUCUUGCUUCGCGUUCUUGUCUCAAAAACUAAUAACUUCGGCUCAGUUAUUUUUGUUUACAAGGAAAUGGUCAAGGCUGAGAUUCUUCCUGAUGUUGAUACCUUGAAUUGUGUGAUAAAAGGUUUGUGUGAGACAGGUCGGUUGGAUUCUGCAUUAAUCCAAUUCUGGGGAAUGGAACAGAAGCAUUGCAGUCCAAAUAGUUGGACCUUUGAGUUAAUUAUUGCUAGUCUUUGCUCUGGCGGUAGAAUAGGUGAAGCUGUUGAGAUUUGGAAGCAGAUGCUUCUGCUUGAAUGCCGUCCGGAUUGUGGAUUUUAUGCACGAAUUAUACCAUUAUUUUGUGGUGCUAAUAGAACGGAUGAAAGUAUUAAGUUGUUCAAGAUGAUGAAAGAUGAUGGGAAUUUUCCUGAUCUAUAUCUAUACAGUGCUUUAAUUGAGUGCUUGUCUGAAAAUCUACAGCUUAAAGAUGCAGUUGAGAUUCUUGAGGAAAUGGCUGACCUGGGGAUUUCUCCCUGCGCCAGCAGUUAUGUGCAUAUUGUGCAUGGAUAUUGCAAAUUAGGAAAUGUGCAUGAAGCAAUGGAAUUUCUUAAUAAAACUAAUAAUUGUCCUGUUGAACCUUAUGAUGCGUUGCUUAGCAGUUUAUGUGAUUUGGAUAGAUUUCGAGAGGCGAUCAGUCUUCUUAAGGAGAUGCUUGAAAAAUGUGUUGGCGAUGGCAUUUCUUGGAAUAUUAUCAUAUUUGGGCUUUGCAAGAAAGGGAAUGUUAGAAAAGCAUUGGAAGUCGCAUGUAGGAUGGUUGUUUUAUCUAAUGAGCCAGAUAAUAUAACUUGUUCUUCUCUUAUAACUGGAUAUUGUCGAAACACUGAAUUUGAAAAAGCUCUCUACAUGUUUAAACAGGAAUCGGUUCGGGACAUGUUUUUGGAUACGAGGUCUUGCUCUGAGUUGAUUGAGGGACUUUGCCAUGUCAAGAAGAUUCAAGAGGCUGCUGAGGUUUUCUAUCAUAUUGUUUCAAGAGGUCAUUCACCAAGUAUAAAUUCUCUGAGCAUAUUAAUCAGUGAUAAUUGUGUCAUCGGAAAGGUGGAUGAAGCUAUAAAAAUUCUCUUACUUGCAUCUGCUAAUUGUUGUUGCUUCUCCUCUUCAAUUUAUACACCAAUCAUUACUGGACUGUUGGAACUGAACAAAGACAGAUACAUCUUACAUAUCCUUGCACAAAUGUUUGUUAAUGGCUGUACUUUAGACCUUAGAACAUAUUGCAUUCUCAUUCAUGGCUUGUGUAUGAGAGGGAGAAGCCGAGUUGCUGCUGAUUUGUUCAAUCAAAUGGUUGAUGAUGGUCUCAUACCUGGUUCUGAAAAUCUUGAGAAACUAAUUGAAGGUUUUGCUGAAGGAUUCAGCUUGAAAUUGGUGGCUCAUCAUUUGGAGAAGCUAAUUGAGGCUGGGGUUAUUCUUCGCCCGUUAAUUUGUAAUGCAAUCAUCUCUAGCCUACUGAACGAGGGUCAAAAGUUUGUGGCUUGUAAGUUUUUGGACUGGAUGCUGGGUCGAGGUUGGGUGCCUGAUCCGGAUACUCAUGUUUUGUUGGUUGGUAACUUUGAUUCAGAGAAAAAAGCUGGAGCCAUGAAAUUAUAUGACACGGAUACUGACAUGGUUAGAUAUAUACUGGCUGAAGGCUUUACAAGUUAUGCUUAGCAUUCGUCCAGGCUUCAUGCUCAAUUACAGUGCCAUGAUAUGACAACCUGAUGAGUGAUCAUCUUUGGACAUGUUGUGACUUCUAUUAUUUAUUUCUUUGAUGCUUGCCAUUUUUGAAGCCAGAAAUUAUUUACAGGACUUAAUCUUUCAUGGGCUGCAGCAGGCGAAGAAAGCUGUCAAUAUCAAGCGGAAACUGAUUUUUGGUUCAUAAUAGUGGCAAUGGCAAACAGUUUUCAUGACUGUACCAAUCUUCUUGUGUGGCAUAAGAAAUCGCACAGAGGGAGAUGCAGAAGCUUCUUCUUUUGAUGAUCCGUAAAAUGAGAUGUUUUCUCUUCAUCAUAUUCAUCAUUCAUGUGUAAUGCACUAAUACAGCCAAAAGCUCAUAACCACUGCUAAGAAGACCUCUACAGUUUGAACUAUGGUUUUAUAGUAUUAUCAUGAGAUUAACAUGCUUCGUUCAUUUAAGUUGAAGUUGGGCCUUUCUGUAAUGAACUAUAAUAAUGGAAAAAAUAUUUGUUGUCCAACCGAACCGGCCGACGUUAGCUCCCCACCUCCUCAAGUUCAUCUUGGAUAUCGAGGCAAGGCCGGGAAUCAGGGGAUGGUGCGAGAGAGAAGACAUGCAUGUGAUAAUGAGCAGCGAGUAUUAGAUAAGUAAAUUGAGCAGAAGCAAGUUGGCAAUUGACAUCAGUUCCCAGGUUAUUCUCCAUAUGAGCAAGAACUAUGAAGAAGAAAUCCCAGUCUUAUAUUUGAUGGCUUCAAUAAAGCCGUUGGAGAGAAAUCUGAGGGAAGAGAUGGGAGGAGGGCUUCUGGAACACCAUGAAUUAGAGCUCAAAAGGUCAAUAUUAUGAUUGAAAUAAUGGAUUGCGUGUGUUCGUCAAUAGAUUUAUGGUGGCGAUAUUGAUAUAAAAAAAUGAUAUAUGAUUGGUGAGUCAUUGGUGAUUUAUCAGUACAUAUGCCCGUCGGUGGACUUCUUCUGCGUUUGAACACAAUAAUAAUUUUGUUUGCAUGGAUAAUUCUUUGUGAACUCCGUUGUAGAAUAAGCACUAUUAAAUGAUUCCCGUGUAUAGAAAUCUUUUCUUUU